UCCCAGCUCCGCACAGCCAGCUCUCUUUCUUGCUUGCAGUCUGUCAGAGUAGCAGGCUGCAUUGCUGCUGCAGCCUUCCAGGGGGACUCUUUUGAAAACACUGCAGGAGAACUGACAGCUACUUCACCAUGACUCUGAAGUCCAACAAGAGCGAGCCCCUUGGCCCUUUCGCUGCCUUCGAGAGUAUCAAUAGUUGCCGGACCCCGCUGUCUGAUCUGUACUUGGAGCAGCUACUGCAGAGCAAAGGCAAGGCUGAGUUAUUUGAGAAGAUCAACAUAACAAUGGCCUCAAACACCAGCCCCUUGCUCACUAAUGGAGUACACAAUGAAGAGGGUUAUAUGUUGACGUGCAAUGCUGCCCAGGAAGUCUACAGUAAUGGCAGUGCUAACUCCUCUCCUUACAUGAAUGGUAAUAGUAAAGAGCACGAGACACAGAAUGUCAAGAAAAUCCAAUUGGUUACAUUCCAGAAAAGUACAACUGAACCCAUGGGAAUUACUCUGAAACUGAAUGACAAGGGACGCUGUGUUAUUGGAAGAAUCCUGCAUGGAGGGAUGAUUCAUAGGCAAGGCUCACUCCAUGUUGGUGAUGAAAUUCUGGAAAUAAAUGGCAAGAGUGCAGCAAAUCAGACAGUGGAGCAGCUGCAGUCGGCCCUGAAAGAAAUUAUGGGGACCGUCACCUUACAGGUUCAGUCUAACUACCACUGCAACCCUCCGUCCUUUGAGAUGUACAUGCGAGCUCAGUUUGAUUAUGACCCAAAGAAGGAUGAUCUGAUCCCCUGCAAGGAGGCUGGGUUGAAGUUUGAGACUGGUGACAUUAUUAAGAUAAUCAGCAAGGACGAUCCCAACUGGUGGCAGGGUACUGUGGAGAACUCGAGCAAAGUAACUGGAUUAAUUCCUUCCCCUGAACUGCAGGAAUGGAGGGUGGCCAAUAGGAAUACAGCUAACCAAGAUGUCACCUCAGGCUGUGGAAUGUUUGGAAAGAAGAAAAAGCAGUGUAAAGACAAAUAUCUGGCCAAGCACAGUGCAAUCUUUGAUCGACUGGAUCUUGUCUCCUAUGAAGAAGUUGUACAACUCCCUGCAUUCAACCGAAAGACCCUGGUACUUCUUGGGGCUAGUGGAGUGGGUCGGAGUCACAUCAAAAAUGUUCUAAUUACUAAACAUGCAGACAAAUUUGCUUAUCCAAUUCCUCAUACUUCCAGGUCACCAAAGGAAGAUGAAGAAGAUGGAAAGAAUUACUACUUUAUUUCCAAUGAGGAUAUGGUGAAGAACAUUACCUGUAAUGAAUUCCUAGAGUAUGGAAGCUUCCAAGGGGCCAUGUUUGGAACAAAGUUGGAGACAAUCCGCAAGAUCAACCAAAGCCAGGGCAAAAUUGCAGUGGUGGACAUUGAGCCCCAGGCCCUAAAGGUUCUCAGAACAGCAGAAUUUGCACCACUGGUGGUAUUUAUUGCUGCUCCAUCUGCUGCUCAGCCAGGGAAUCAGGUUGAAUCUCUUAAGAAAAUCCAAAAGGAAUCAGAAAUGCUACAGCACACCUAUGGACAUUGGUUUGACCUGACCCUAGUUAACAACGAAGUUGAAGACACAGUGCAUAACCUGGUCGAGGCAAUUGAAAGUGCAUGCACUACAGCACAGUGGGUUCCAGUUUCAUGGGUCUACUAGUCAAGAUAGAUAGGCACAGCAAAUUGAAUAUUCAUGUACUUUCUAAGAAAUCAUUUAAUCGGAGAUCAGAAAGCAGUUUGAAGCCUGCCAUUUUAAACCAAAACAUGCACGUUAGCUUAUGAGUACAUUUCAUCUGCAAGUCAUUCUCCAUACUUUCACUUGUUUUAUAUUACAAAAAAACAAGGACUGUUUAUUAAUGGGAUAUUUACAAAGUUCUUCAAAACUUUUGAAAUAAAAAUACAAAAUGCUGGAAAUACUCAACUUUCCAGCGUCCAUUGUACCUUGUUUUAAUUUUCCUUAACCUUACAUUCUUCCCCGUUUAAAAGCAUAUUUGACCUCUUUCUAUUUUUAUCCCAGUAAACUUAACAACCUACUGUUUUAGUAUAUUUUCACACCUCCACCCAAUGCAAUAAGGCUUUGUUGAAGUGAUCAUUGUAUGUAGUAAGCUUCUAAAACCAUUUUAAUGAACAAAAAGUACUAUGUCUAGACAGAUAUGCAUGAAUGAUGAAUCAAAACUCAUGGAAAUCUACAACUCCAACCAAGCAGCACAAUUGUUCAAAUCACCAAUAAUAGGAACUAAUAUUCCUGCACAUGAGUGAUUAUACAAUGUAUUAACAGGGAUCAUAACCUCCAUCCAGCUACACUAUGAAGAGAACAUCCAUGAUACAGCAGUUCAAACUCUGAUACAGUGCUUAGGUCACAUGAAAAUUAAUUCCAGAAUAUCGUACCUGGAAUUAUUUCUACCGCAUGAGCUACAUCUCACUUCUCAUGUCAUGUCAUUUAAUUCCUUGAAUUAAGUUGCCUUCAUAGCAGCUUCACAGUUCCUGUAGCAACAGUAAAUGGGUGAAUAAAUACCAUAUUUGAACUGUA